AUGGACAAAGACGCUACAAAGAAGACAAAGAAACGCCGUUCUCCGGCCCUCAAAAAAACCCGAAAACGGAAAAACAUCAGCACAUCUGAGCAAAGUUCAUCAUCGGGAAUGGAUGUCCCGACUAAAGGGACCAAAAGGAAGGCCAGUCUAAACAGGAAGACCCUCAUCAAAAUGGCAAUGAUCGCUGGAAAGGAGACCCAAACCACCCCAGAGGACGACGUCACUGUGAAACGAGGGAAGAGGAAAGUCAGAGACGAUGGAGAGGGACAAAAAAAACUGAAGAAGGACAAAAGGAGACGACUCGACCUCCUCAAGUAUGACAUGGAGUUACCAUCCACCUCAGCGGACACUGAAAGCUCCAAUACAUCUGUGGAUGUGAGCAAGAGAGGCGAUAAGAGGAAGGUCGCCACCACUGAUGGUGAAGAACCAAACCAGAAGAAGAAGAGGCCGGACCUGAAGGAUGCCAAAAAGGAUACCAAUGUGUUUCUCUAUUUAAAAGAAUUUGAGGCCAAAUACCAACAGCUGGAACAACUUGGCGAAGGAGGAUGUGGAUCUGUGUUCGCUGGAUAUCGCAUAGCAGAUCAUCUUCCUGUUGCCAUCAAACACAUUCCCAAGGACAAAGUUCUCUGCAAACACGUGGACGACGACGGGAACAAAAUCUCCAUUGAGGUCGCCAUCAUGUUGAAACUGGCGGCCGAAUCAGAGGGGACGUCAGCACCCAUAUCCCUGCUGGACUGGUUCGAUCUGGACAAGAAACUGAUCCUGGUGCUGGAGAGACCGAUGCCAUCCACAGAUCUCCACGACUACAUCGAUGACAACGGAGGCUCCUUGGACGAAAAGGAAGCCAAGAUCAUACUGAGACAGCUGGUCGAUGCAGUGAUCGACCUUGAGAAACAACACAUCUUCCACCGCGACAUCAAGGUGGAAAACAUCCUGAUCGAGACCAGCUCAGACUUCCCACGAGUUCGCCUCAUCGACUUUGGGCUGAGCUGCUUCGUGAAGAGAGGAGCCUCUUACCGGGUAUUCUACGGUACCUCUGCUCACAUCCCCCCAGAGUGGUUCAGUCGUCAUACCUACAGAGCCGGACCGACCACAGUGUGGCAGAUGGGAACCGUCCUGUUCGACACGCUCCACUGUAAUGAAUUCGAGACCACCAGGUUCAUCAGAAAGAAGCUGAGAAUCAGCAGGAAGCUCUCCAAGAAUUGCCAGGACUUCUUACGGACAUGUUUAACAGAAGACCCGGAUCAGCGUAUCACCCUGGAGCAGCUCAGGAAUCACCCAUGGCUCGGAUAA